GCAGACGGUGAACAGCCACAGGCGCCAGGCCAGGCGAAGCGGCUGAGCAACUGGAGCUGGGAACAGGGGAGGGACCAGCGGGUGAAGGGGAGGCCCCUGACUCAGGCCCUGGCGCCUCGCGGAAGAGGGACGCGCAGUGGCGGACAAACUUCGCAUCUCUCUCUCGGACCUCAACGAGUUGGGACCCUGAGCUCUGUUUUGCCCCUCUCCAGCCAGCGCCUGCUGCUGCCUCCCCCUCUCCCAGCUCUCCAGGGAGACAGUGUUUCCCUGCUUCAGUCCUGAAGGGGCUCCUGGAGACCAUCUUUUGUGCAAUCCAUGCUGGCCCACCUGUGACCCCUGCUGUCUGUCACCUGCUCUGCUGGAUCCAAGAUGGCCCUGUGGUGCUACUGUCUUCUCUGCCUUUUGAUCAGGAGUCUCUCUGGGACCCCCUCCAAUUCCCCAGGUGAAUCAAGGAGCCCUUGGGCCCCAGCCCCCGUGGCCCCCGGCGAGGUGGUAGAGACUGCAGGUGGGGUGUGCAAGUUCUCUGCACAGCGGCUGAGCUGGUGGCAGGCCCAAGAGUCCUGCGAGCAGCAGUUUGGCCACCUGGCACUGCAGCCCCCUGAUGGGGUUCUUGUUUCACGGCUACGCGACCCGGUCUGGAUGGGCCAAAGAGAGGCCCCUCUGCGGAGACCCCCGCAGAGGCGUACGCACACCACCGCCGCGCUGGUGUUCGGCCAGAGGACGGCUGACCGGGCGGCGCGGCUGCGGAGCCCCCUGCCCGAAUUGGCGGCGCUGACCGCGUGUGCUCACCUGCAGUGGGACUGUGACUCGCCUGACGCCGCAGCUCUCUUCUCCGUCGCCGCACCAGCGCUGCCCAACGCGCUGCAGCUGCGCGCCUUCGCCGAGCCGGGGGGCGUGGUGCGCGCUGCGCUGGUGGUGCGUGGGCACCACGGGCCCUUCCUCGCCGUCUUCCGCGCCGACCGCCGCUGGCACCAUGAUCAGGACUCUCUGGGCGGCGGCUUCUCGGCGCGUGACGCCUUCAGCGGCAAUCUCACUGACUUCCAUCUGUGGGCGCGGGUGCUGAGCCCCGCGCAACUGCACCGGGCACGGGCCUGCGCGCCGCCCCACGAGGGCCUGCUCUUCCGCUGGGACCCGGGCGCUCUGGACGUCGCGCCCUCGCUGCUGCCCACGGUGUGGUCCCUGGGACUCGACCCACCCCUUGUCAACCAAGCCACGCCCAGCUCUGGCCACGCCCUCUCCGGGCCAGCUGGCUUGCGAAGUCAGCAUCAGCUUGGUCCCAGCUGCCUGGGGCUCUACGUUCGUCCCCUGGCCGCCUUACCCCAGCCCCGUGCCGGCCACAUGCCCUCCGAGGAGUGCCCCACAUGGAACCCAGGACCUCGCACCGAGGGCUCGGAGCUCUGCCUGGAGCCGCAGCCCUUCCUCUGCUGCUACCGGACAGAGACCUAUCGGCGGCUGCAGGAUGCCCAAUCGUGGCCUGGCCAGGAUGUUAUCAGCCAAGUCAAUGCCUUGGCCAAUGACAUUGUGCUCUUUCCAGAUCCCCUCUCUGAAGCCCGUGGGGCCCUGUCCCUGGCAGAGGCCUCCAGCUUCCUGGGCCUUCUGGAGCAUGUCCUGGUGAUGGAGGUGUCUUCUCUGGGGCCGGCCGCACUGCUGGCUGUUGUGUGCUUCCUGAAGAGGGUGGCGGCCAUCGGGGCUGGGGAGCCGGAGCUGUUGCUGACAGGGCCGUGGGAGCAGCUGGGCCAGGGCGUUGUAUCCGUGGCCAGCCUGGUCCUGGAGGAGCAGGUGGCUGACACAUGGCUGUCCAUCCGUGAGGUGGUUGGCGGGCCUAUGGCCCUGGUGGCGAGUGUGCAGCAGCUGGCACUGCUGCUGAGCACCACGAUGACCUCAGAACGGCCCCGAGUGCGCAUCCAGCACCGCCAUGCUGAUUUGCUUUGGGCAAGUCGCUGCAACUCUCUGAGCAGGAAUGGUGGCCUCCUAGGCCUGUGGCAGGAAGAGACGGAUGCAGACCCUGCCAGCUGGGCCUGCUCGGCAGAAAGACCUCCAUCCGAGGUCCAGCCACAGCCUCAUUUACCCCCAGGCCUGGAGCCAGGCCUCUCUGGAGUCACCGUGAUUCACAGCUGGUUCACCUCCAGAGUCUUCCAGCAGACCCUGUGGGGGCUGGGUCUAGAGCCCCAGGCCCCCGCCAGCUCAGAGAAGGCAAACAGGGUGCAGAGGUUCCUAAGCACCCAAGUGGGGUCAGCCAUCAUCUCCUCUGAAGUGUGGGUCGAAACUGGAGAGGUCAGCAUGGCCGUGAACUUUCAUCUGCAACACCAGGCCCAGGCCUUCCGUCAGAAGCUGGUGGAGCCUGUCUGUGCUUUCUGGAACUUCAGUAUCAGCCCAUAUACAGGGGGUGCCUGGGCCACCACAGGCUGCUCCGUGGCUGCUCUGUACCGGGACUCCACCGCCUGCUUCUGCAACCAUAGCACCAGCUUUGCCAUCCUGCUGCAGGUCUAUGACGUACAGAGAGGCCCUGAGGAGGAGUCGCUGCUGAGGACCCUCUCGUUUGUGGGCUGUGGCGUGUCCUUCUGUGCUCUCACCACCACCUUCUUGCUCUUCCUGGUGGCCGGGGUCCCCAAGUCAGAGCGAACCACAGUGCACAAGAACCUCACCUUCUCCCUGGCCUCUGCAGAGGGCUUCCUCAUGGCCAGCGAGUGGGCCAGGGGUAAUGAGGUGGCGUGUGUGGCUGUCACCAUUGCGAUGCACUUCCUCUUCCUGGUGGCGUUCUCCUGGAUGCUGGUGGAGGGGCUGCUGCUGUGGAGCAAGGUGGUGGCCGUGAGCAUGCGCCCUGGCCCACGCAUGUGGCUCUACCAUGCUACCGGCUGGGGCGUGCCAGUGGGCAUCGUGGCGGCCACUCUGGCCACACAGCCCCAUGACUAUGUGGCCCCCGGACACUGCUGGCUCAGUGUGCACACAGACGCCAUCUGGGCCUUCGUGGGGCCUGUGCUCUUCGUGCUGACUGCCAACACCUGCAUCCUGGUCCGUGUGGUGAUGGUCACCGUGUCCAGCGCCCGCCGCCGUGCCCGCAUGUUGAGUCCACAGCCCUGCCUGCAGCAGCAGAUCCGGACCCAGAUAUGGGCCACAAUGAAGCCUGUGCUGGUCCUGCUGCCCGUCCUGGGCCUGACCUGGCUGGUGGGCAUCCUGGUGCACCUGAGCCCUGCCUGGGCCUAUGCUGCCGUGGGCCUCAACUCCGUCCAGGGGCCGUACAUCUUCCUGGUCUAUGGUGCCUGCAAUGAGGAGGUGCAGAGCGCCCUGCAGAGGAUGGCUGAGAAGAAGUCCUGUGCCAGCCCUGCCAGCAGGGGAACCAGCCUGAGGCCCCCAGGUCCCUGGGAGGCAGACCGAGGCAGCCCCGGGGCCUUGGCUCCACCCCGGAGACACAUGGCUCUCAGAGGGACCUAUGGCCCUAGAAACCCCUCAGCCUUCUCCUCCAUCGCAAACCCCGAGAGACAGGCUGUGGAACUGACAGCGUUCAAAGCUUCAGGUACAGUCCCCACCUCAGGGGGUCCCCUCUUUCCUUUUUGGGACUGUACCAGGAUGGAAGUGAUUUGAAAUCAAUCAUACCCAACCCCCCACAAUUGCAGAGGCCCUCUCCUCACUUGGCAGGUCCUCUGGGAGCACUGGGGGCCUGGUGGGGAACAGGCAGUGCCCCUUCGGAGGGGUUCAUUAGAGAAUAGGUCGUGGAACCCUAUUGAGAGCGGGUGCUGCCAAGGCACACAGCCUGCCUUCCUCUGUCCUCCCCCCAUCUCUGCCCCACAAACCCAGUACACCCCCUCGCCCUCUGAGGGCCUCGUCCUGAUGCUGUGGGAUUCAGAGCCUUCCAAACUCACUGAGGGACAGCGCUUUCCUCCAAAGCUGUGGGUCCCCACCUAGACAGCUGAUAGGGGAAUGACAGGUGCUGGGGGACUGUGGGAGGCUGAGGACACCCCAGGUGCGACUCAGGGAGAGGACUGAAGCCUGAGGAGCUCAGCUGGGC